CUUGCUUAGCGCUCGCCCCGAUAUGACACCAUGGCUUUAGCUCGAGCCUUUUUAGGGCGUCGGCUCAGCCCUGAGAUUAGAGUCGCGAGGGUAGCACAGUCCCUUCAGAACUAGCGUCUCAUUCCCGAGGCUUAGUUCAGUUUAGUUCCUUCGAACAGGAACAGAAACGGGGAGGAUGGCUAAGAACCGGAGUGCUGGCGCGGAGGGUCGGUCCCCAGCAGCUCUGCCGGCCUGUCUAGGAGCGGCAAGCCUGUGGGAGUGUCCGGUCGGCUGGCGAACGUGUUCGAGCAGCUGUGGAACCGGCGCAAGUUCGACAUCCUGGGACGGAAGGUCAAGGGCGAUGUUCGCGCCAAGUCCAUCGGCAAGGCCCGGAGCGCUGCGGUGGAGAAGAGGAAGGCGACGCUGCUGCAGGAGUUUCAGCAGCGCGGGAAUGCGAACCUGUUUCUGGAUCGGAGGUUCGGCGAGGGAGACGAGUCCAUCCCCGAGGGCGAGAAGGCCAUCGUGCGAUUCCAGAAAGAGCGCAUGGCCCAGCUGAGUCGCAAGAACCGUUUCGCCCUCGGGGAUGACGACGACGGCGAGGGACGACGAGGAGGGGAGCGACGGCGGAGCUGGGGGGGCAGCGGCGGACGAGCUGGGGGAAGUGAGGGCGGCGGCUACCGGCUGACGCACGGCGGGCGGGACAUAGAUGAUUUCGACGACUCGGACGUGUCUGGCUUCGGGGAGGACGACGACGACGACGAUGGAGCGCUGGGCGAUCAGCUUGUGCGCGACUACCACUUCGGCGGUGGCUUCAUUCCCAAGGCCAAGUCGGCGUCGGAUGCAGAGGUGAGCUUCACCUGCCUCCGGCGAUACUGGGGCGGAGGAGGAGGGGGAGGGGGAGAAGAACGGCAGAAGACGAAGCGCGAGGUGAUGGAGGAGGUGAUGGCGAAGAGCAAGCUGUUCAAGGCGAGGCGGCAGGCGGAGAAGGAGGAGGACGAGCAGCUGAGGGAGAAGCUGGACGAGGACUUCCGCCACAUAGCGCAGUCCGACGCGCUGCUCGCACUCACACGCGCGACCAAGGGCGCAAAGGGCGACAAGGGCGGCAAGGACGCCAAGGGCAAGGAGAAGGCGGGAGGGGGAGCGGAGGGAGGGGGAGGAGUGUCUGGAGCUGGGCCUGCUGCUGCUGCUGCUGCUGCUGCUGCGAAGGUGCCGGCUGCUGGUGGUUCGCUCCUGGCCGCUGAUGUGGCUGAAGAGGAGAUGGACGACAAGCAGUACGACGUGCUGGCGCGGGAGAUGAUUUUUGACAUCCGCGCCAAGCCGGGGGAGCGCAGCAAGACGGCAGAGGAGGCGGCAGAGGCGGAGAGGGCGCGGCUGGUGAAGCUCGAGGCUGCAAGGAAGCGGAGGAUGGACGGGGAGCCCAGUGAUGAUGAGGAGGAGGGGGAGGAGGGGUCGAGUGAGGAGGAGGGCGGGAGGGGGAGGAAGAAGCGGCAGAGAAAAAAGACCAAGAGGGAGGUCUCUGGGGACGAUUUGGGAGAGAAUUUCGUGCUUGAUGAGGAGGAUGAGGAGGAUGAGGAGGGCGGGAGGGAGAAGAAGGGGUGGGUGUAUGACGUGCUUGCUCAGAGAGAGGAGGAGGAGGAGAGUGGGAGUGAGGGGGAGGAGGGGAGUGGGAGUGAGGAAGACGAGGAAGAGGAGGAUAAGGAGGAGAAUUUAGCUGACGUGGAGUGGGAGCAGAGUGACGAGGAGGCAGGAGGCGAGAGAGGGGAGGUUAAGCGGGGGCCGGUAGGGGAUAGGGCGGUUAAGCAAGGAGGGGAGGAGAGUGAAGAGCUUGAGGAAGGGGAGGAGAGGGAGGAGGGGGAGGAGAGUGAUGAGGAGGACGAGGAAGCGGAGGCGGAGGGGAAACCGUCGACACAACAGCAGCAGCAGCAGGGGAAAGUGGUGGGCCCAGGGACGAUGGAGGAAGAGGAAGAAGAGGAAGAGGAGGAGGAGGAAGAGGAGGAGGAGGAAGAGGAGGAGGAGGAGGAGGGGGAGGAGGAGGAGGAGGAGAUGGAGCGCAUAGAGCGGGUGUUCCGUCGGCGCGAGUUGCCGUACGUGAUAGAAGCCCCCCAGCAGUUGAAGGACCUGCAGCAGCUGUUAGAGGGGCGCGCAGCACCAGAGGUGGGGGUGGCCAUCGCGCGCAUCCGCGCGUGCAACGCGGCGCACCUGUCCCCCGACAACAAGCGCAAGAUGCAGAUCUUUUACAACGUGCUCCUGCAGUACUUUGCGUCGCUGGCUAGCGAUAGCUCUCCCGUGUAUCAGCAGCAGGGGGAGGAUCAGCGGGGGAAGAAGCAGAAGCAGCAGCACCACCAGGAGCAGCAGCAGCAGCAGCAGCAAGGGAGCAGGCAGCAGGAAAAGCCGCAAGCGGGGGAAAAGAAAGUGCAGAAGGGCGCGGAGCAGGGUGCGAAGGAGCAGGAGGAGGAGCCGACGAGUGCGCUGCAACAGAGGGCGCCGUCAGUGGCAGCGGCGCACAUCAACGUGCUCGUGCAGCCGCUGGUCGAGCUCUCCGCCUCCUUCCCCCUCUUCGCUGCCGUCUGCGCCCGGGAGAGGCUCGCCCGCAUGCAGAAACGCCUGGUGACCCGCCUCAAGACAGGAGAGCCAGCGUGGCCUACUGCCCGCACGCUCCUACUCCUGCGUCUCUGGGCGCUCAUCUUCCCCUCGUCCGACUUCCGCCAUCCCGUCAUGACGCCCGUGUCGCUGCUGCUGGGGCAGUUCCUCUCCUGCUGCCCUGUGCGCUCCACCAAGGACGUGGCUGCCGGGCUGUUCAUCUCCGCACUCCUGCUAAAUAUGGUGUCGCAGAGCCGUCGGUUCGUCCCAGAGGCGCUCAACUUCCUACACGCGCUGCUGUGGAGUGCUGUCGCCCCUGCGCUCAAACCACUCAAGCCCAAGGGCGUGCCCCGCUACAUGCUUCUACAGGUGUGCUCGCAGCAGUGGCUCUGGACCCCCUGUGGCGACGGCCACAACAGCCGCAAGCGCAAGCGCGAGCCACUAGAGGACAAGCCCGAGGCCCUCGAUUUUGACAGGAUCUUCCUCGGCCCUUCGAGCGCCCAUUCAAACCUUAUCACCGCUAGCACUACCACCACUACUACCACCACCGCUACUACCACUACUAACCCGUCGCCCUCCGCUCCUCCUGCUGCUCCUCCUGCCCCAGUGGGCGUGGAAGGCAGUGCAGCAGGGACCGUGGCAGAGGCCUACUUUGGUUCCGACGUCUUCAGGCUGAGCCUGCUGCUAGCGGUGCUCAAGACCCUGCGCUCCUUCGCGCUGCUCUACCGCCCCAUGCAGCCCUUCCCCGAGAUCUUCUCCCCCUUCCUGCCCACCCUUGCCGCCCUGGCGGAAUCCGGGCAGCUGCCCGAGGAGAUAGAGCAGGAGCGGGCAGCGUGGGUGAAAGAUAUUGAGGGGGCAGUGGCGGAGGUGGAGGGGAGCAGGCAGCCGCUGCGGCUGAGGGUGAAGCGGGCCGUCCCAGCCAAGCAGUUCAAUCCUAAGUUUGAAACUGACUUUGCCCGGGGCAAGGACUACGACCCGAACAGGGAGAGGGCGGAGCAGAGGAAGCUACAACGGGCGAUCAAGCGAGAAGCCAGGGGAGCAGCAAGGGAGCUGCGGAAGGACAACCACUUCCUCGCCGCCGCCCGCGCGCACGAGGCCACUGCAGCAGCAGAGGAGCGGCGGGAGAAGAGCCAGCGGGCCAUGGCGUUUAUGGAGCAGCAGGCGCACCUCAUGUGGUCGGGGCAGCUGGGCAGGAAGAGGGGCGGUAGCAGCAGCGGCAGGGGCAGGCGCUAGAAGGGGAGAGGUGCUAAACGGGGAGAAGAGAUGCUAAGGAGACGGCGAGGUUAAGAAGAGGGUUUUUCGAGGGCAGCUGCUGCAGCAGUGGAGAAGCGCCGGACGAAGCCAUGGAUGUGGAAGAGGAUGAGGUGUCGAGGGAAUGGUUGUGUGAAAGUGGUCGUGAGAAUGGUCGUGUGAAGCUGACAUUUUGACUUGUGCAUGUGUGUGCAGUGGAUCUAACAUUGUUGGGUGUGGCUAGUGAGCAGUCUGCAUGUGGGUGUGGGAGGAAUGCCAGCUCCUUGUGCUGCAGGUACUGGUAUGUGCGUGCGCACAUGUGUGCAUGUGUUUGGGGGAGUGUGAGUAUGUUCGUCUGUGAGGCAAGCAUUAAGACUUCGGUCACCCCAAGAAAAAAACGUUUUGGUACGGUAUGGCACACUAACUUUGGUGUUACUGUGUGAACUGGUGACCUGAAGAGGAUUAAGGAGGGGCUGAGCGCCCAACAGUUGAAGGGUGGCUGAUGGCAAUGUGUAGACAGUGGGAUGAUGUGCAGCUGAGGGUGGAGUUGGCAUGAAGGGAGCAUGGAGGGACCAUGGAGGGAGCAUGUAGCAUGGACACUUACCGUGGAGGGCAUUUCAGCGAGGUAGAAUGGGCUCUUGAAGCGGCUUGGAUCAGCAAGGCACCUGCAACGGGGGGCGUGUGGAGGUUGGACGAAGCAUAAGAGGCAGGUUUUGGGAACUGCCCAAUGCAGGGAGUGGGAGGUGGUUGGAGGAUGGAAAUGGCUCUGCCUGUUGGUGGCACCGGGCAUGCUCGCUGUAUGGCUGCCGAUGCGGUUAUGUGACUGUAUGCAGUGCCAUGGUGCCACCUGCUGCUGCUGAUUCUGCCCUUUUUUUGUGUUCUGAAUGAGCCCAGGCAGUGAUUGCAUGUGGUACCGGUACUUCCUGCUGUGGCUGUGAUGUAAACUUUUCUUUCCUCGCGCUGCUUACCCCCUUUCUUACCCUCAUGAGCAUUCUGUCUACGCUGGACUGCGGAAUCUGCUGUGGUGGGGGUAGGCAUUUUUUUUCCUGUGGCUGCCGGGUGUUUGUACAUGUUGAUGUGUACAUGUACUACCACCCGGCAGCAUGCUUACUAUUCAUCGAACUGAAUGCAUGUAUUCUCCUGCUCUUUUGUUAUUUCACUGAACACUUAUUAAUUAGUCCUUGAAAUU